GUCUCUUCUCCUCCAACCUCAGCAGUCUCUUCUCCUUCAGCUCUCCCAACUAUUAAUAUUCCCCCCAAAAAAAUUGUUUCUUCUUCUACUAUCGUUCAAUUGGCUCCCAGGUGAGUCUCAGUACUGUUGUUAUUGUAGAAGAAUAAGCUACAAGCAUGGACUUGCAGCAAAAAGAUGACCCUCCUAAACCUUCAGUGAAAGCAGCGACUGUGUAUCAGCAUUUUCUGCUGAAUUUCAUCAUGGAAAAUUACUUGGGUCCUGAUAUCAAGUUUGAUAAGCUGAGAUACUCGGCAUUUCAAAGAUUAGCUGAAGGUUCACCUCCGUAUGAGUUGAGUGAUUUGGGUGCUUCAUAUGUUAGCGUGUCUCUUUUGGAGAGUUUAUAUUACUAUAUCCUGAGAAAUGCUCACCCUAGCUUGGUUCUCAGACCAAAUAUGUUGCAUAAGUAUUUAAAGGGCAGCCUACCUUUGUCAAGUUCAGGGGUGAGAAAAGACAGUCGGCAGUUCCCAGAUAUUUUCCCUUUGAAUCUUCAUCAACAGAUAUGGUAUCCGGAAAGCUUCAGAAUUGUUAAGGGGAUUGUAAUUAUUGAUGACCCUGUUACCUCAUAUAUGAAAGAAGAUGAUCUGGAAAAGUUCAAAUCUUUAUCUGGUAUGAAUAACCUGAAAAUUGAUAUGGAUGAAUCCAGCAAAUAUCAACAGGAGUACCAGAAUGGUGGGAAAAGUGAGCACAAUUUCUGCAAGGACAGUAAUGAGGCAGGAUAUAUUUCCAAUGGAAAUGGUAAUUCAUCUGAUAGAUUCCAACAAAAGUAUAAAAGGAGGUGCCUCUCUCAUCCUCCAUCAGUUCCGGCAUUUUCCCCUGUUGUUACUUCAUCAGAAGGCACAAAACAUUGUGGAAAAGAUGAACCUACAUGGAAUACCUGCAAACCAGAAGGACCUGUGCUCAUCCCCCUUCUGUCUCUUCCUAAAAUGGAAGCAUGUGUUUCAGAUCCUUCUAUUGUUUUGUCUGGGACGGUCAAGAGAGGGGUUGUUGGACCACCAAUUGGUGCUGUGGACAUUGGCGUUAGCAAGGUUGCAUAUUAUUUCCGGGUGUCUCUACCAGGAAUCAGGAAGGAUUUUUGUCAAUUUAGUUGUGAGAUUGAAUCCAAUGGGAAGGUUCAUCUACAAGGCUUCACCAGUGGUGGAAACCCCAUAAAGAAACGCUCACGUGUCUUCCAAAUGAAAUUGCAGCAACUGUGCCCUCCUGGACCAUUCACACUCUCCUUCAGUCUUCCGGGACCUGUUGAUCCAAGGCUCUUUGCACCUAACUUCGGAUCGGAUGGCAUCUUUGAAGGAGUAAUUCUAAAAGAGGAGUGAUAUCUGAUGCUCAGUUUCAUUCUUGAUGUAGCAAGAGUUGACAAAAUGGUAGCCUAGUAGGAUCUUCUGACUAGCCUAAUCUUUCAAAUCAUUGUCUGCUAGCAUGUAAAUGGUGUAGAAAAUUAUUAGUUGCUUAUAAUGAAGUUAGUAUGCUAGACAUUUACUGCAAAAAUGCAUGCUGCGUUCUCUUC